UCGGUUUCCAGGCUCCGUCCUGCAGCCGCGGGGCAGGUCCUGCCGGCAGCGCUCGGGGAAAUGUCAGAGCGGGGCUUUGGUCCCUCUGGCUGCAGAGAGAAGGGAGAUUCUCGGGGCUCUCCCCGCCCCGGCAGCCCCGUGUGUGCGCGCCGGCCGCAUGAUGCAACCAAGGCUGCGGUUAGAACGCGGAGGCUGCUCCGGAGUGCGAGGCUCUGCCCGGCAGCGGCCCGCACGGUGAGGGCCUGAGCUGCUCGCCAGCUCCGACCGAAGAGCGCCCGGCAGCUGCGGGAAGGUGCUGGGUGCCAGAGCGGCGGGGCCGUUGCCGAAAAACAAGUGUUUGGUCGGUGAACGUUAAACAUGGUUUAAGGUUCUUCUUCAGGCUGGUGGCUCUGUGUUCAGUGGUGCCUGUGCAUGAAGAGAAGUUUGUUCUAUGGCCUCAGAGUUGGGAGCCAAGGAGGAUGGCAGCUGCUCAGAGCUGGCAAAACCCCUUUAUCUGCAAUAUCUGGAGAAAGCUCUGCAACUGGAUCAGUUUUUACGACAGACCUCUGCCAUCUUUAACAGGAGUAUAUCCAGUGAUGAAAGUGAAGAUGGACUGGAUGACAAUCCCUUGCUGCCUCAAUCUGGGGAUCCCCUGAUGCAAGUUAAGGAAGAGCUUCCAAACUCUUUACUUGGGGAAUCUUCUGGAGCAGGGAAUUCUGGAAUGCUGAACACACAUUCCCUAAAUGGAGUACUGCAGCCAGAACCAAAGUCUGAAAAAGGGAGCUUGUAUAACUUCUCCAAACUGAAGAAGAGCAGAAAGUGGCUGAAGAGUAUCCUUCUGAGUGAUGACUCCAGUGACACAGAUUCACCAAGUGAUGAGGAUGGAGAGGAGGAGGAAGAAUUUUCUCUUUCAAGGGAGGAGCUUCACAAUAUGCUGCGAUUACACAAAUACAAAAAACUUCAUCAGAGUAAAUUCAGCAAAGACAAAGAGCUGCAGCAGUAUCAGUACUACAGUGCAGGGCUGCUGUCUACACAUGAUCCCUACUAUGAGCAGCAGCGUCACCUGCUAGGGCCCAAGAAAAAGAAGUUUAAAGAAGAGAAAAAAUUAAAAGGCAAGCUGAAAAAAGUAAAGAAAAAGAGGAGACGGGAUGAGGAACUCUCUUCAGAGGAGUCACCACGGCACCACCAUCAUCAGACCAAAGUUUUUGCCAAGUUUUCUCAUGAUACACCACCACCUGGGGCCAAGAAAAAGCACCUGACUAUUGAGCAACUCAAUGCACGUCGUCGGAAAGUGUGGCUCAGCAUUGUUAAAAAAGAGUUGCCAAAGGCUUACAAACAAAAAGCCUCAGCUCGCAACCUUUUCCUAACCAACAGCAAAAAGCUUGCCCAUCAGUGCAUGAGGGAGGUACGACGAGCUGCUAUCCAGGCCCAGAAAAACUGUAAGGAAACUCUCCCCCGAGCACGCCGUCUGACCAAGGAGAUGCUUCUGUACUGGAAAAAGUAUGAAAAAGUGGAAAAAGAACAUCGCAAACGAGCUGAGAAAGAGGCUCUUGAGCAGCGCAAGCUGGAUGAAGAGAUGAGAGAGGCAAAGAGGCAGCAGCGAAAACUUAAUUUCUUGAUCACCCAGACUGAGUUAUAUGCCCAUUUCAUGAGUCGGAAACGAGACAUUGGACAUGAUGGGAUACAGGAGGAAAUCCUACGUAAACUGGAAGACAGCUCUACUCAAAGGCAGAUUGAUAUUGGUGGAGGAGUAGUGGUCAACAUCACCCAAGAAGAUUAUGAUAGUAACUAUUACAAGGCCCAAGCUCUGAAGAAUGCUGAGGAUGCUUACCAGAUCCAUCAGGCUCGGACCAGAUCAUUUGAUGAAGAUGCAAAGGAGAGUCGUGCAGCUGCUUUAAGGGCUGCAAACAAGUCUGGGACUGGCUUUGGGGAGAGCUACAGUUUAGCAAACCCAUCUAUCCGUGCAGGAGAAGAUAUUCCACAGCCUACUAUUUUCAAUGGAAAACUGAAAGGUUACCAACUGAAAGGCAUGAAUUGGCUGGCCAACCUAUAUGAGCAGGGCAUCAAUGGAAUCCUGGCAGAUGAAAUGGGUCUGGGUAAAACAGUACAAAGUAUUGCUCUCCUUGCACAUUUGGCUGAGAGAGAGAACAUCUGGGGACCUUUUUUAAUAAUUUCGCCUGCUUCUACUCUUAAUAACUGGCACCAGGAGUUUGCCAGAUUUGUACCUAAAUUUAAGGUGCUACCUUACUGGGGAAACCCACAUGAUAGAAAGGUGAUCAGGAAGUUCUGGAGUCAGAAGACAUUGUAUACUCAGGAUGCUCCUUUCCAUGUGGUGAUCACCAGUUAUCAGCUAGUAGUACAGGAUGUGAAGUAUUUCCAGCGAGUGAAGUGGCAAUACAUGGUGCUGGAUGAAGCACAAGCACUCAAGAGUAGCUCCAGUGUUCGUUGGAAGAUUCUACUACAGUUCCAGUGUCGAAAUAGAUUGUUGCUGACUGGGACCCCAAUCCAGAAUACAAUGGCUGAGCUUUGGGCUCUGCUGCAUUUUAUCAUGCCAACACUGUUUGAUUCCCAUGAAGAGUUCAAUGAGUGGUUUUCUAAGGACAUAGAGAGCCAUGCAGAGAACAAAUCUGCCAUUGAUGAGAAUCAGCUGUCACGCUUGCACAUGAUCUUGAAGCCUUUCAUGUUGAGAAGAAUCAAGAAGGAUGUUGAAAAUGAGCUGUCAGACAAGAUUGAAAUUCUUAUGUACUGCCAGCAGACAAGUCGACAGAAGCUGUUGUACCAAGCUCUAAAAAACAAAAUCUCUAUAGAUGACCUCCUGCAGUCCUCAAUGGGCACUACUCAGCAAGCACAGACCACCACUAGUAGUCUCAUGAAUCUAGUCAUGCAGUUCAGGAAGGUGUGCAACCAUCCAGAGCUGUUUGAGCGACAAGAAACUUGGUCUCCAUUUCACAUCUCCCUAAAGCCAUACCAGAUCUCAAAGUUCAUCUAUCGUCACGGGCAGAUCAGGGUCUUUAACCACUCCCGGGACAGGUGGUUACGGAUUUUACUUUCCCCUUUUGCACCAGACCACAUCCAGCAGUCUCUCUUCCAUAGGAAGGGCAUCAAUGAAGAAAGCUGUUUCUCUUUCCUCCGGUUUAUUGAUGUCUCUCCAGCAGAAAUGGCAAACCUCAUGAAUCAGGGACAUUUAGCCAGAUGGUUAGCUCUUUUCCUGUCUCUGAAGGCAUCCUACAGGCUCCAUCACAGGCGUUUCUGGGUGGAAACAGAAGGGGAGAAGCAGCAGGAGUCAUGUCUGAGGAACAGGGAUUUCUUGCUUGAUGUAAAUUUCCCACUGUCUUUCCCUAACUUGCACAGCUGCACUUUGCUUCAGAACCUUGUGUUCAGUAGCCACUGUAAAGCAGUUACUGGCCAUUCAGAUCAUGUCAUACAUAGAAGGAGAUCAGCUACCUCAUGUGUACGGUGCUGCCAGGUGACUGAGCUGCCAUCCUUCCUGUGCAUUGCCAGCCCACGGGUAACAGCUGUGCCACUGGAAUUCUACUGCAACGACCGGAGUGCAGAAUACGAGCGCAGGGCACUGAAGGAGGGAGGAAGCCUUGAAGCAAAGCAGUGUGUGCUCAAUGGAGCCCCUGAGCUAGCAGCUGCCUGGCUGAAGCAAAGCUCCCAGUUCUUUCCAGAGUCUCCAGGAGGGCUGUUAGGGAUCAGGCCUCAGAAUGGAUGGUCUUUUAUCAGGAUACCUGACAAAGAGAGCCUGAUAACUGACAGUGGAAAACUUCAUGCUCUUGAUCUUCUGUUGACAAGACUGAAAUCUCAAGGACACAGAGUUCUCAUCUACUCGCAGAUGACCCGGAUGAUUGACUUGCUAGAGGAAUACAUGGUUUAUAGGAAACAUACCUACAUGAGAUUGGAUGGUUCCUCAAAGAUCUCUGAACGAAGGGACAUGGUAGCAGAUUUUCAGAACAGGAAUGAUAUUUUUGUGUUCCUGUUAAGCACAAGAGCUGGAGGCUUGGGCAUUAACCUUACAGCUGCAGAUACGGUCAUUUUCUAUGACAGUGAUUGGAACCCAACAGUAGACCAGCAAGCCAUGGACAGGGCACACAGGCUGGGCCAGACAAAACAAGUCACUGUGUACAGGCUGAUCUGCAAGGGCACCAUUGAGGAGCGCAUUCUGCAAAGGGCUAAGGAAAAAAGUGAGAUCCAACGAAUGGUGAUUUCAGGUGGCAAUUUCAAACCAGACACCUUGAAGCCAAAGGAGGUGGUCAGCCUUCUGCUGGAUGAUGAGGAACUAGAAAAGAAAUUGCGUCAGCGGCAAGAGGAGAAGCGACAGCAGGAAGAAACGAAUCGCGUAAAGGAGCGAAAACGUAAAAGAGAAAAAUAUGCUGAAAAGAAGAAAAAGGAAGAUGAAUUGGAUGGGAAGAGAAAGAAAGAGGGCAUGAACCUUGUCAUCCCAUUUGUUCCCUCAGCUGAUAACUCCAACCUGUCUGCUGAUGGGGAUGACUCCUUCAUUAGUGUAGACUCUGCCAUGCCCAGCCCUUUCAGUGAGAUAUCCAUUAGCAGUGAAUUACAUAUGGGCUCUAUCCCUCCUGAUGAGAGCAGCAGUGAUAUGCUUGUGAUUGUGGAUGAUCCAGCUUCCUCAGCACCUCAGUCAAGGGCAACAAACUCUCCUGCUUCCAUUACUGGCUCAGUUUCAGAUACCAUGAAUGGUGUUUCAAUGCAAGAUACACCUCUCAGUGGCAGAGGCCAGUCGGGCCGAAGCCGGGGUCGUCCCAAAGGCUCAGGAAGUGGAUCCAAAGGUGGCACUGGGAAAGGCAGGAGCAGGAAGUCCAUAGCAGGAAGUGCAGCUGCAAUGGCAGGGGCCAAGGCAGGGGCAGCAGCAGCCUCUGCAGCGGCAUAUGCAGCAUACGGGUACAAUGUCACUAAAGGCAUGUCUGCAAGCAGCCCUCUACAAACAGCAAUCAUUCGACCUUCUGGACUUGCAGAUUUUGGACCUUCAAGCGCCUCUUCUCCCUUGAGCUCCCCUUUGAGUAAAGGAAACAGUGUUUGUGGGACCCCCAAAAGCUUACACCUGACCAGCAGUCUUGUAUCAGAAGCUCCAAUUAGGAAGCAAAGCAAAGGUGCCCACACUUCAGGUGGUCGGUAGUAAUUUUGAGCUCCCAAAGCUUGAACUGUGUUGGCUUUCAGAGUAGACCACCCUGCCAGUUGUUGAAGGCAUGGAAAUGAAUGCCCAUUUGCUCUCCAGGACAUGUGUGAAAAGAAAAUCAAAGCACAAUGGGAGUGAGUGGUUUAUGUGAGCACUUUGAUUAUGUGUAUUCCAAAAAAUUAUCUUUGCAGACACUGCGAGAAGGAAGGAAAGGAGUCUGGGGUAACAGGGAGGUUGUCAGCUUGUGUUUUCUUGACUCAUCUGACAGAUUCCCAAGAAAGCAUCCAGCUACUCCAUUACCUACUGCAGCUAAUCCUGCAGCUGUGUGUGCUUGAAGUCACUGUUAGUUUUAUCCUAUGAAAUCAGUAUCUGAACCACAGGAGUGUCCUGUAGAGUCAGAAGAUGUUUUUGUACUGUCAGCUGGUGAGGGGUAGUUGGAAGCUAAGUUGAAAGUGUUAUGUGAUCAAAAAAGAAAAAAAAAAACUUGGAUUCUUCAAGUGUGGGCCUCUGUGUUCUCUGAAAGCUCAAAAAGCAGAGGAAGCUGUCUCAGGUGGUUUCCAGGGAAUGGACACUUCAGCACCAUCUGUCAGGAACAGGUUGAGAGCUGCAGAAUACAGAGCAUGCGGCAGGCCUGCUAGGGGCAGUGGCAGAAACCACAAGCCAGUGGUUUGGUUUGCAUUUCAGAGUUCUCAUCAGCAUGUACACUUGCUGUGUUUAGAAUGUUUUUUUCUCUCACUUGUGAGGUUUGCAGAACUCUUACAAGUUUAGAAACAAAGUAAGGCUUUAUGUGUACAAGCUGAAUUGCUGAGUUUGCUACUGCUCCUCUUACUGUGCCAUAGCAGUGUGUGGUUCUGCAGUUUGCAUUGCUGGGAGGGGAGCAAUGAAAACCAGUCCUGAGAGAGAGAAAUGUUCCAUUCCCCCUUCAGCAAAUCCUGGGGAAAAGAAUUCUCAUAUCCCAGCCAUCCAUUGACAGUUCUUCCAGUGUGUUUUCCCUUCUUUUUGUCUGAUCAUCAUCCAUAGUAGCUUGGUGGAGUUCACUGUGGUGUGUGGGUACCAGUAGGAGUGUCCCCUAAGACUGAUAGAAGGCAACACUGCCCCAUCUGUGUUCUCCUUCCCUGUUCUCCAUGCACAACCCCCCUGUAGCCCUUUGCUUUGCUGUAAGCAUUGUCUGCAUUGCACUGAGAUUUAAGUGUGGGGCACUACUUCUGCCUGACACACUGAGUUAAAAGGCUGUUUUGCCAGGGCACUUUCAUCCCUUGAGAGAAAAGCAAGAUGAAUUGCAGGUCUGGACUGUGACAGCAGAAGAUGACUUUUUUUUUUAAAUAUUAUUAUUAUAAUUAUUAUAAUUUUUUUCCAACCCCAAAUCCUUUGCCUGGCGUCCUACAGUGUGGAGCGAGUGCUUCCUGUUGGCUCUGCCUCUAAUUUGCACACCUGAAAAAUAACAGAACUGAGCUUAGUUAGAUUGAUUUUUAAACAGAUUUGCAGGGGAUAAUUAUGGGGGAGGUGAUGUUUAAUAAAUUCAUGAAGACCUCCCUCUGCCCCUCCUAUUCACAUGUAUAUAUGAUAUUUAGAGGGAAUCAGACAAAUGCCAAGCCUUUUUUUCUCUUUGAAUGUGCUGUCUAUUUUUAUAACUGAACUUGUACAUAUGUAUAAAGAGAGACACAUCUUUCUUUUACUAACUGGAGAAGAAAAUCUUAAAUAAAAUGGAGUGAGAUAAUUUUAUGUAAA